AUGUCCAUGGCCGCAAAAUGGUUCCCUAGAUACAUCCCCCAGAGCGCCAAGCCCAUGGCGGAGGUCCGCGCCGACCCAACGAUCAUGGGGGGCCAGGCCGCCUUCGAGACCGCGAUGCGCGGGGGGAAGCCUAUGGUUCAGCAGGCUUUUGAGGGGUUGAAGAGGGGGAGGGUGCCGCCGAUGAUGAUGGUUGUGGAGAGGAGGAGGAUGGGGAUGUGA